AUGACUACUGUGCCUCCUAUGGAGAUUCAUAUCUUCUUUGAGUUGGUGAACAAGGCUAGAGUUGUGGAAGAAUAUGCGAAAAUAGUAGCUUCGCCCAAAGACACUCAUGGAGGAAACACGACUCGGGGACGUGGCAAGUAUUUUCAUCCGAGGGGUCAGAGUUUCAAGAGAGGAGGAUAUGCGCCUCAAGAUCAAGGAGACUUCAGAAAGAAUACUCAGAACCAGUUUCAGCAUGCAAAGGGAAGAGGAAAUCAGAGUAAGAUUUCUCCGAAUUUGACUUAUGUGCGUUGUGGGCAUUUUCAUCCAUAUGACUCUUGCAAGAUUGGUUUAGGUAGUUGUUUCAAUUGUGGCUUGCCUGGUCACAUUGCGAGAGAUUGCACUCGUGAGAAGAACCCGAAUGCGGUUGCGGUGUAUGAUAUUGGAGCUUCGCAUUUGUUUAUUUCAUUUGAUAAAGUUGAGGAACUAGGCUUGAAAGUGUUGGAGAUAAUUUUGGGGUUUGAUUGGUUGUCGAAGAAUCGGGUUUUGCUGGAUUGCUUUGAGCGGUCAAUUCAGUUUAUGCCGGAAGGAGAAAAUAGAGCAGUGAUAGCUGAGGGUUUUUACCUGAACUUUGUAAUAGUGCACUGUAGUAGGGAAGAGAGUCACGAUUAUAUUUUGUUGACUGCUAAUGCUUUGGGUGAUGCCCAGAACUUAGAUCAAAUCCCGAUAGUUAGAGACUUUUCGGAGUUGUUUCCGAAAGAUAUUCCUAAGUUCCCACCCCAAAGGGAGAUUAAAUUUGCGAUUGAAUUGGUGCCGGGAGCCGGACCAGCGAAUGUAGUGGCAGACGCGUUGAGUCAGAAGUCCUUAACAAUAGCUUGGAUGAGAAUUAAGGAAGAAGAGUUAGUGGACAAGUUUGUAGAUCUUAAGCUAAAUAUUGGUAAAGUUGCCAGGAGAGCCUGUUUAAAUCAAUUACAGAUUUCAAGUACGUUUAAGAUAGAGAUUCAGAGGGCUCAGCAAGACGAGCAAAAGCUUCAGUAA